GUCGUUGUCGUUGUCGUCGUGGCGGCGGCGGCGGCGUGAGGGGAAGGGCCGCGAGGCCGGCUCCCCCUUCGUGCGCGUACCUCCUCCCCACACACACACCCGGCCCGACCCGGCCCGCUUCUUCCCCGCCUCACGCCAAAGUGUCAGUUCGUCGGGCCGGUUGUGAGGGGCUGCCGUGGCGUCGCGCUGCCCGGUUGUGAGGGGCUGCCUCAGUUCUGUCAAAACGCGUGUAUGUGUGGGGCCUCCCUCAACCCCUCCCCCUUGGAGCUGCUGAGGGUCGUCAGGCAUGUUGGCGGUCGCCCCCCCCCCAAAAAAUAUUUGCCAAUGCAAUACAUGGUGUGGUAUUUUGGGAAUUAUCCAGUGCUUUUUUUCUGUGAGGACGCAGGGGGACGCGUACCCCUAAACGUUUUGUGAGUAGGAAAAUGAGAGUACCCUUAAACAUUUUUUAGAGGGGGGGAGCACUGGAAUUAUCAAGUGGGGUGAGAAACGGGUCCCUUAUUCUUUCACAGCUUCACACGUUAUAUUUCUACAAGAGUUCAGAUAUGAGACAACCAACUACAGUACAGGAGACGGGGUUGUUGCUUUUAUUUUGAUCAACCUCCCAGGCUGCCCCAAAUGUCCAGUGCUCCCGGUUGCGGCUUUCUCUGCCGGGCGAGGCUGGGGUGGGGUGUCGAGGGGACGAGGCUUCCGAGGCUACGGGCCAUGCACUUCGUGUCUGGAGCGAGGAGGUCUGAACAGGGCGGCCCGCGGAAACCUCCAUGUGCAAAGGCAGUGUACCCCCUGGAGCAGAUAAGAUGCUGGGGAUGCGCAAGGGAAGAUUGGUUGCAGCUCCGUGCCUUGUUUGUAAAUUUUGCAGGAAGGAGGCAUCUUGGGGGGCUGCUGUCGGAAACCGACCUCAGGACUAGGUGAUCUGUUGCAGCGGGACUCUCCCUGUGUAGCUGUUAUACAGGCAGGUAGGCAGGCAGGCAGACAUGCUAAGCACUUUGCAGGGGACUGUAUAACGCAUUAUAAUCUGGAUUUUGCUUGUAGCAAAGGGAGCAAGGAGUCUAGUUACCAAAAUACUCAUUUGAUAACAUGGCCAUGUUGCAUGCCACAGACAAAAAAAGGUCUGGCAAUAGUAGUGAUGAUGAUGAUGAUGAUGAUUUAUUUAAAUUACAACCUCAGUCUGGCAUUGGCAAUAUGGGAAAAAAAUAACGCUGAGUUUUUGUACAGGGCUUUUGUGAAGAUUAUUGAAUUGAGUUAUGGAAACGUUUUGGAAGUUAUGAGAUGCCAGAUUAAGAUGCCACAUAAAAACCACAUCCUCCUAAUUUGUAUCACUAGUGAGUUUCCUUGCUUACAUGGCUGUCGUAAGACACUGUUCUGGUGUUGUUGUGUUAUAGUUAUGACAUACACUUUUAUUAUUCAAGCUAAAUGUAUUAAUGGUAAAUUUGUUCUCUUGUUUUGUACCCAUAAUUUUUUAUUAACCUCUUCAUGUUGUUUUAUUUACACACACACACACACACACAUAGGCAGACAUACUCUGUACAGCUUUUUGUGAUAAUGCAAUUAUAUUUAGUGUUUACAUGCUUGGCAAAUUUUUUUGAAAACAACAUGAAAAAGGGGGCAAGCAUUGGGGGAAGUUUUGGUACUCUCACCCGCCAUUGAACUCACUGUGUCUUGACUAUACACUAUUUUGGCUUUAGGCACUGUCCAUGGAACAUAACCUUGGCAUAAAUUGGGAAUCGCCUGUACUUUGAAAUUUUCUUCUAUAUGCUUAACUUUACAUUCUGACAACCAUAUGCUUAACUUUGCAUUCUGACAACCAUAUUAAGAAACACAGACUACAGUCCUAACAAUGCAGAUCCACUUGUGUCAGUUUAUUUUAUUUUAGAGGAAUUUGUUCCCAGGUGAUUGUAUAGGAUUGCAGCCUCCUCUUCAAAAGUAAACCAGUAAAUACUACUUUCAAAUCAACAUGAUUAGGAUUAAGAUUGAUUGGUAGCAUGCCUAAGCAUUGUUUUUCUGGUCCCACUACAAAUUUAUAACACCAGCCCCCUCCCACACACAUCCCAUAAUCCCAUCCAAUACAUACAGUUGCACGAGGCAUUAACUAAAAGUUUGUCUUUUAAUUCUGAAAUUAUAUUUUUUGCAUUUCCAAAAUUAUACCAUGGCCUACUGUAAUUGGGGCUUUUCAACCAUGCCCCCCAACACCUAGCCUGAAUAUGAGUCCUACGAAUGUUUUUGCCUAUUUUAACUUUUUGGUUGGUCCUAAUGUUAGUGUUUUUAUUUUUUAUUCUAAUGGACCAGCAUGUGUACAAACAUUUUAUAUAUUGACCAGUUUAUUUUUUGUGUUUUGUGUUCUUUUUCUUUGCUAAAUUAAUUAACUCCUCAAAGUAAAUUUCUCUUGCAAACUGACUCUUGUUAAGAGAAAGUAACUACAUUGCUUAACCAUUCUUAUUUUCUGUAAAUCACUUGCAAUUUUUGAUGACUGCUAGCUCGCUGAAACUCAUUUUCUACAAGAGUCACUUCCAAUUGUUAAGAAAAUCCACAAAGCAAUGCAUACUUUACAGAAAAUUCAUUGCAGUUGGAGUGUUGUGUGAACUGCAUUUAAUAAAAAGUGAGGAUAGUUUAUAUUCUCUUCAAGCAACAUAUCACAAGGGGGGGGAAAUCAAAGAUCUAGAGUGUACUUGUGAGAGCCUGUAAAUUCUGCCAGCAAUGCUGAGUCCCGCUGUCCCUGGAAUCAAUGUCUUUGUUUAUUAUGAUGCUUUGUCCACAGAGUUGCUUGUUCUGCUCUAACACUGCUUGCCAUUGGCUUCUGCUAAACUCACAAGAUCUCAGAAAUAGGUACAAAGACAGAGGGGGGGAAAGUUUCUUUAUCCCCAAGCAUGAUUUAUAGGAUGCUAGCUUACUAGAUGCUACUAGUAGGAAAGCUGCCUGUGGACAAAUGCUGGCUCCCUUGGCCUGAAAGCAAGAUGAGCAACACAACCCCAUAGUCGCCUUUGACUGGACUUAACCGUCCAGGGGUCAUUUACCUUUUUACCUUACUAGUAGGAUACUAAGGUGGGGGUCUAAUUUGAAGUAACAAGUGCAAGUAAAAAAAGAGAACCAGAUACCAUAUUGGCCUGAACAUAAGCCACACUCCCCCCCCCCAAAUUCCGACCAUGAAAAGUUAAAGUGCGGCUUAAAUUCAUUACCUUACACCGCUAGCAAAGCGAUGUGGCUCCCAAGCCUCCCCCGAGCCAUUGAAAUGAAGGGGGAAAGGGGAAGGUUGUCGGCAAAGUGGUCCCCCCCCCCAGGAAGCAGCCCGGGUAUUGUCUUUUUUUUCUUGUUCCCCAUUUACAUUUAAAGGUGCAGCUUAUAUUUGGGUGUGGCUUAUAUUCGGGCCAAUACGCUAUCUCUUUUGAUGUAAAAACUAUGAUCACCCUUCCAGGCUUUAUACAUGAAGGGAGCUGGCACAUGAACAACGAAUGUGGCUGUCUGGCCAUGUUUAAUCUCUGAAAUUAUUAUUAAUAAUGAAUAUACCACUUAAUGCCCAGUUGUCUUCUAAGUAGUUUACAAAACAAAAAACAACACUGUUAAAAUACAUAAUGGAAACAAAAUUUUAAAAAAUCCUUCCAGCAGCACCUUAGAGACCAACUAAGUUACUCCCUCCUACCCCCACCACAAGGAGGGAGUAAUACCCCUCCCCAUCCUCUCACUAUAUAUAAGCAUCUGGUGACUUCUGUUUCAGUGUAUCUGUAUGUGCAUGUACACGAAAGGUCAUACCAAUGACAAACUUAGUUGGUAUCUAAGGUGCUGCUGGAAUUUAUUAUUAUUAUUUUUUUACUACGUCAGACCAACAUGGCUACCUACCUGUAACUAAAAUACAUAAUGAUAUGCCAUAAUUGAAGUCCACUGGAAAACAAUCCAAUCGGGAUGUUAAAAUGCAAACUUCAUUGAUUAAAGUAUUCAUUGAAACAGCCCCAUUAAAACAGCACAAGAAUUAAAGCAGGAGACUUAGGUGAAGAGAUCAAGGGAAUGCCAGGUGCAUCUUCAAAAGGCAAUGGGAUGCCAGUACAUUCCACAACACUGGUGCCAUGAGUGAAAAAGCCUGACACCACAUCAUUAGGGCAUGGAUGAUAUAAAACUAAUCAGGUUCUGUUUGUUGAUCUUAAUGGUCUUACUGAGCAGUGGAGGUGAAACUGAUUUUUCAGGUAACCAUGUCCAGUGUUGUUUAGGGCUGUAUAUCAGGCACCCCAAAACUUCAGCCCUCCAGAUGUUUUGGACUACAACUCCCAUCAUCCCUGACCACUGGUCCUGUUAGCUAGGGAUCAUGGGAGUUGUAGGCCAAACCAUCUGGAGGGCCGCAGUUUGGGGAUGCCUGCUGUAUAUAUACGUAACAAGAUGUUAAAACUGGUUCAUUGACCUAUAGAACCAUAGCAGAGCCUUUAGUGAUGGUGUGAUACAUGCCCAGUAAGAAGCACAAUUAACCACCUGGGCUGUGGCAUUCUGUACCAACUGCAGUCUCUGGACUAGUUGUAAGGCAGCCUCACACAGAGCACAUUACAGUAAUCCAAACGUGAGGUUACCAGCACAUGAGUCACAGUAGCCAACUCAAACCCAAGAAAAGUUGAGUUUGGAAGUUCACAAAUAUUUGUGGAGUUCCACUUUACAAACCAUAGUAGUGGUUAUUAGUGGUACACAAACCAGAACAUUGUAUCAAUAUAUUUUAACGUUUCUUGGGAGGGCGGAUAUGCUGAAAGGUGGGCUAAAAAAAUCUAUUUAACUACAGUAAACUAAACAGAACUUGGUUUCUCUCCCCCUCCUAUUACUGAAUGUAUUUAAUUAUUCCAAUGACUGUAUCCUUUAAAUGUAAGCAGAGGUCCUUAGAAUUCCAAUAAAUUCUAUCUGUCUCACUUAGGAUUGUGAAGUAUGGUUUGAGAAACAUCAACACACUAGAAGCUGGAGUACUAUUGCAGUCUUGUAAACAGCCACUCACCAGUGAUCCUCAUCUCUCAAACUAUGCCAGAGAUGACAGAGAAGGCUCCUCUUAAGAAACAACACCGAAAGAAAAACCGUGAGACUCACAAUGCAGUGGAGAGGCAUCGAAAAAAGAAGAUCAAUGCGGGAAUAAAUCGAAUCGGUGAACUAAUUCCAUGCUCCCCAGCACUGAAACAAAGCAAGAACAUGAUCCUUGACCAGGCAUAUCAAUAUAUAACAGAAAUGAAAAGGCAAAACAAUGAGCUCCUGCUGAAUGGAGGAAACAAUGAGCAAGCUGAAGAAAUAAAAAAGCUCCGGAAGCAGUUGGAUGAACUUCAGAAAGAAAAUGGGCGCUACAUUGCAUUAUUGAAAGCCAAUGACAUUUGCCUUUAUGAUGAUCCCACUGUCCACUGGAAACGGAACCUUAAGCAUGCAAAAGUUUCUGUUGUUAUCCCCAAUGAUCAGGCGCAAAAGAAGAAAGGAAACCUUAAAAAGGCAAAAGUGUCUGUUGUUAUCCCCAGUGACCAGCUGCAAAAGAACAUCAUUGUAUAUUCCAAUGGCAGUCAGCUUGGUGGAAGCAACCAGGGGGCAUCAGUCCAAGGAAUAACGUUUAAUAUCAGUCAUAAUUUACAGAAGCAGACUGCUAAUGUUGUUCCUGUCCAGAGGUCUUGCAACCUAGUCACUCCUGUGACCAUUUCUAGUAUCUAUUCCACAGAAAUCAAAUCAGGGGCUCAGACUUCGGUUUCUCCACUGGUAUCAGGCCCAUCAAAUCCAGCCAAGAAAAGUAUUGAGCACUCUACCUCUGAGAAUGAGCAAUGCCUAACUACUAGUUCUAGUGCUGACAGCUCACGGAAUCCCUUGCAGCUAGUGAGGCUACAGCCUGAAAUGCAGAGUUCUCCACAAGAUGAAGAUGACAUCUCCAAAUCUAAAAAUAAACCAGAGACUUUCAAGUUAAUUGAGAAAGCGGGUUUGCCUAGCAACAGCCUUUCUUUCAGUGCUAGUGUGGACAGAUCUCUGGCUCAGCUGGCAGACAUGCCCCCUAAAGAGGAUUCAAGAAAUGGAUCCCUAGAAAGCUGUGUAGUUUCUGCAGCUAAUACCACUUGUACUCCAUCUGUAAUGCUCUCCAUUGAUGGAAAGCCAUCUGCAGGAAACAUCCUCAAAAGCAGCAGCGGACCAGCAGCAUCUGCUGUAGAAAUCCAGAAGGCUGUAACAGAAAUUAACACUUUGCCUGCUGCUUCUAUAGAUAAGUGGCCUUUCCCCAGUUCUUCAGCUGUUGGCACUUCAAAUUCCAAAACCAUGGGUAGCCUGACGCGAAUGACUUCUGCUGGAAACACCCAGACUACUUGGACUACUUUGCAACUAGCAGGGAAUACUGUUCAGCCUCUAAACCGUACUCCGUCCAACAUAAACGCAGCCCUCUUAAAUCAGCCAGUUAACAAUGCUAGCAUUACAGCAUCCACUCCUAACAGGAUUUUGGCAACUACUCCCAGGUUAAAUAAUCCUCUACCUGCUGGUGAACAAACAGCUGAGCAAAUCAUGGUUACUUUGCCAUCCUAUCCAUCCUUACCUAUGCAGCCGCUAGUCACUAAGACGCAGGUUCUAGCACAACCUUCAAGCAGCCUCCUUCCAUUGAAUCCAGCUGUGCAGCUGAUUCAGAUGCCCCAGCCAGUAGGUCCACCUGUCACUGCAUCACCUGCUAAACAAAAUGUAGUCAUUUUACAGCCUUCAAAUGCCAGUGCAGGCCCACCAGUGUUGAGAACUGAAGUCCCCAACAAAACUGUUAGCCAGCAGAUUGUAAUUAUACAGACUGCUAACCCAAAUCCUCUCUCCCUUUUCUCUGCUCCUCCUCCUCCUCCUAUCAGAAUGCCUAUAAAUGGAGCCGCUCCCUCAACAAGUGCUAGUAAUCCUAUGCAAAACGCCUCUGGCCCUCAUAUGUUUGGUGGGAAGCAUCUUGUCCAUAUUUUGCCAAGGCCAUCUUCUGCACCAUCUUCUGGCCCCACACAAACGUUUUCAGUUGCAAUGGCUAACCAACAUCUUCCACAGACUAUUUCUUUAAAUGGGCAGCUGUUUGCAUUGAAGCCUGUGAAGUCCUGUUCUGGAGGUUCUGAUCAAACCCCUAUGCAAGUUAUUCAGCCUACCACCAGUGAAGAUCCAAAUACAAACGUUGCCCUCAAUACAUUUGGUGCUUUAGCUAGCCUCAAUCAAACCAUAUCGGAGAUGGCUGGACAGAAUUGUGUGCAGGUGUCUACCAGUCAGCCUACAAAUCCAUCAACGAUCAGCAGCCAAACCACACCAAGUAACCCUGUUCUGCUGUCAGCUACUGUAGCAUCCUCUUCAGCUGCUGAGAAUGUAAUGUUAACUAGUGUUUCGUGUUCAGUGGGUGCUUCUCCCCCCAAAACCUCAUUUGGUCUGGGUUCAAAAUGGUGUAAUAAAAGUACUAAAAAAUGCUUGGUGGCCAGCAGCAAUCUUGCAGGUCAAGUGAAUUCAUGCAAAGAUUUGAAGAAAAUUGAUAGUGGGGAUGUGGAGGCUACCCCUGAGCAUCCUGGAAGUGACAUCUUGCUUGAAAACAUGCCUGAUAAUGUGGUGUUGCAAAGCUUAGCCAUAUCACAAGCAAAUAGUAGGGUAGCACCUAGUGACGUUGCCCAAAAUGAUGCUUCCGAUUCCCAUCCCAAAGAGAGACUGAAAGCUGAACAAGAUAUGGAAACUACCCUGGCAUCUGACCUGAAUGCAGCUAUAGUGCCGAGAUCGUUGCCUCUCGAAUCGGCCUCAUCAGAACAGUUUGAAGUGGUUGCUCCCGUCUCCAGAGAGUGUGCAUCUCUGACUCCUCAAACUAAUUCAGCAACAAAUUCUAAGUUAUCAGAACCAUCCAAAUGCAUCCCCACCAGCCCUUUAACAUCUUCUGACUCUCAGGUGACAGCUUCUCAUAUUUCUGGGACAUCUGUGGCAAACAGUGGGGCGAGUGCAGAGGGCGUUCCCAGAACAGAGGUGUCUGAAAUCUGCACAAUGGAACAAAAUUGUUCCAUAGUCAUGCAGGCCAGUGAUUUGUUAGAAGAGCAAGGCCUGACCAAGAUUUUCUCUGAUUUCAGUAAAGUGGGAGAAGCUGUAGAAAAAAACUUCUCGGCUCAAGUUGAACACCCUGAUUUUCACACCCAAAACACUAAAUCAAUUAUAGACUCGAAUGACUUGGCAGAGAAGCAGGAAGGGCUCUUGCUGGUGAACAUUGAAGAGGAAAACCUUGCACAAUCUCACUCCUGUACCUCUGAACAAGAAACAGUCACUGCUAACAGACAAGCAGACUCUCCCAUGUCAACUAGCUCAGGCAGCAGUUGUGGAUUCUCAGUUGCAUCCAUGUUGCCAGACACAUGCAGAGAAAAUGUUCCCAACAACACUUCAGUGAAUACAUGCAACAGCUGUACAUUUUCAGAGCAAACGGAUAUUGUAGCUUUGGCAGCAAAAGCAAUUUUUGACCAAGAGGCUCAUGCAAAAGGUAUAGCAGCAGUGUCAGGAGUUGCUGUUUCCGUUUCCAAGGAUGAUGAAGUGGCAUCUCUAAGAAGAGACCAGUCUUUUAAGUCUCACACCAUUAAAGAUGCAGACCAGAUAGAAACAGCGCCAAGAAAUUUCAGCACCCAGAAUGCAGUGAAAAUAAAUGUUGAUAGGUCAGUCGAAAAGCAAAGCUGUUCUGUUGGAGUGGAAGUGUCCAGUGUAACAUUGCAAAUUCCAGUCUCCCAGUCUUCAAGCACAUCAAGCUUAAGUGUCAAUAAUCUCAUACAUCAAAGCUGCAUCAUCCACCCUGUUGUGAGCUGCUCAGGUUUACCCCCGACUUCAGGCCAAUCAGCUGUUCCUGUGACUAUGACUCCAUCCAUGCCCACUAAUCCAUUUAUGACUCAGUCUCCAGGACAUUCUCCAGUGCUAAUGACAGAUUAUGCUUCAGAACAACUGUCUGCUGUUCGGACCAGCACCAUGCAGGCUUCUCAGAUGCAUGAGCCACACUUAAAGCAACAAAGCCAGGAAAGCCGCAAAGACCCUGUCAAACGUCCUGUUCAAGAUGAUCACCUGCUUUCCACACCGAAGAGACAGAAACACUGCCAGACGGCACCUAUGCAGCUUGAAGGGAUGGCUUUGCUGAACCAAACAGCCAACGAUAUUUCAGAUCAAAGUCGAAUCCUUGUCAACCAAAUCCCCUCCAACUCUUCCAAUAUGGCAGUAUCAGGGAGCAGUCAAGGGCACACUGAUAGUCUUAGCCGGUUGUUCCCAACCAGCAAUUUUGUGUCACCUGCUCUGAGGCAAGCUGAAAUUCAGUGUAAUUCUCAGCCUUCUGUCCCAGAUCAAACAGGACAGCACCUGCAACCUAUUCAACAUGCUCCCACUCAAGGAAUGACCCACCUUCAUACCAAUCCAUAUAUAAAGCAGCAGCAACAACAGGCUGGACAGUUAAGAGAAAGACACCAGUUGUAUCACCUCCAGCAUCACAUUUCUCAUGCAGAAAGCCCUAUCCAUUCCCAAGCCCUCAGCGUCCACCAGCAAAGAGUAAUGCAUCAAGAGGCACAAAUGCAGAAGAAAAGAACCCUCAUCCAAGCAGCCCAGCCUACCACACUUGCUUUACAGCAGAAGCAUCAUGGAAACGACCAGUCACGGUCAAAGAGCAGCCAACCCCACCCCCAUCACCCGCAGAUGCAGCAAAUGCAGCAGCACUAUACAUCUUCUCAGCCUGAGAAGACAUGCGAGAACCCCACUGCAAACAGAACUCACCACAGCCAUCCUCAGAGCCAUCUGAAUCAGGACAUUCUGCAUCAGCAAGCACCAGAUGUGGGCAACAGACAGACAGGUUCUGGAGUUUCUUCUGAACAUGUGCCAGGACAUAGCCAGAUGCAAAGACUUAUGACCUCCAGGGCUUUGGAGCAGCAAAUGGUAUCCCAACCUAGUAUUGUCACCAGGUCAUCCGACAUGACCUGUGCCCCCCACAGACAAGAAAGAAAUAGGGUUAGCAGCUACUCUGCAGAGGCACUUAUUGGAAAGACUCCCUCUAAUUCAGAGCAGAGGCUAGGAAUAUCCAUUCAGAGCUUGAGGGCUUCAGAUAAUCUUGAAAUGAGAAAUUACCUUGAUAUGUCUAGGAAUAAAGGAUUGGUAAUCCAUAACAUGCAGGGACGCAUGUCAGUAGACCAUACGGUUGGAUCAGAUGUUCAAAGACUCUCUGAGUGCCAGACAUUCAAGGCAAAUGGCACUAACCAGCAGUUUGAUGUGCAGUCCUCAAGGAACAGUGAAAUAGGGACCUCAAUGUCAUCCCUCAGAGGUAUGCAGACACAGGCUUUUCGAAUUGCUCAGAAUGCUGGACCACCCAUAGACAGACAGAAGAGGUUGCCCUAUCAGCCGGUUCAGGGCAUUUCAGCAGGAAAUGUUAUUCCUCCCCCAAGAGACAAUGAAAAUACAUGCCACCAAAGUUUUAUGCAGAGUUUACUUGUCCCUCAUCUUGGAGAUCAAGUCAGUGGGGGCCAAAGACCAAUUCCAGAGCACCAGAGAAAUCCACAGUGUGCCACUUCUUCUAUUGUUGAAUAUAAUUGCCCCCCAGCAAGAGACAGUAUUCACAUUCGAAGAGAAGGUGAUGGUCAGAACAGGGAAAGUUGUGAUAUGUCUCUUGGUGCUAUUAAUAAUAGGAACAAUACAUUAAAUAUCCCUUUUUCAAGUUCCUCUGGAGAUAUUCAGGGUCGCAAUACAAGCCCCAAUAUUUCUGUUCAGAAAUCCAAUCCCAUGAGAAUGACAGAGAGUCAUGGAACCAAGGGUCACAUGAAUGCUCCAGGUUCUAGCAAUGUGCAUGGAGUCGCCCGACCUCCUCUCACCCACCCACCCGUCUCUCGGAAUGCUGAGCAAGUCCCACCAUCAGUUCGUCAACCAAAUUCUUCAGUUACUCAGCGAUCAAGACAUCCUCUCCAGGAUAACAGUGGUUCUAAAAUUCGCCAGCCUGAAAGAAAUCGUUCUGGAAAUCAAAGACACGGAAAUGUGUUUGAUCCUAGUCUUCCCCACCUUCCUUUGGCUGCCAGUGGUAGUAUGAUCCUUGGAAGGCAACAACCUGCUCUAGAAAAAAGAGGCAGUAUUGUGCGAUUCAUGCCUGAGGGACCACAAAUGACUAAUGAUAGUGCAGCUCCUGAUCAGCACAGUCUGUCUCAAAAUUUUGGAUUCCCUUUUAUUCCAGAGGGUGGAAUGAAUCCCCCAAUAAAUGCCAACGCACCGUUCAUUCCACCAGUGACUCAAUCUAGUACUACUCGAACACCAGCCCUGAUUCCAGUAGAUCCUCAAAAUACGUUGCCAUCUUUUUAUCCGCCAUAUUCUCCUGCCCAUCCCACCCUUUCUAAUGACAUUUCAAUCCCUUAUUUUUCUAACCAAAUGUUUCCUAAUCCAAGCACAGAGAAGCCAAGUGGUGGAGGUUUAAACAAUCGCUUUGGCUCCAUCUUGUCUCCUCCCAGGCCAGUGGGCUUUGCCCAGCCAAGUUUCCCCCUUUUGACGGACAUGCCCCCAAUGCAUAUGGCCAAUUCAUCUCACUUGUCCAAUUUUAAUUUGACUUCUUUGUUCCCAGAGAUUGCUACAGCUCUUCCUCCAGAUGGUUCAGCAAUCUCACCUCUGCUCUCUAUAGCGAACACUUCUGCUUCUGAUUCUUCCAAGCAAUCAUCAAACCGGCCUGCUCACAACAUAAGCCAUAUUCUAGGUCAUGAUUGCAGUUCAGCUGUAUGAAAUGUAGUGGCCAGGAGUUAGAAUGGUGAAUUAUUUUAUGUGUGUAGUAUGCAUAUUUGUGUUUAUACAUGCAUGUGUUCAUGUAUGCAUUUGGGAUUGCCAUCCUUGAAAAGACCACUCAUAGCAUCACUGUUUGUGGGGAGUAUAUAUACAAUAGCAGGUGCUUCUGUAUUUCUACAUACCCAUGUUGCUAAUUUAAAGUAGCAGGUGCCUAUCUCAAUGCUUACUAGUAAGAUUAAGACUCAACAUCUUGAUCUGUUUUAACAGAGUUCCAGAUUAUCACCCCCUGUGCCAAGAUGAGCCUUGUGCAAAAUUAAGUCCAGGGAAACUGAAGAGUUGCAUUUAUAGUUCUUGGAGAGUGGUUUUUCUUUUUUACCCAGGAAGUAGAUACAUGAGGGUCUCAAACACAUCUCAAGUUGGUACAAAGGUUUUGAGUCAAUGCACACUAGAUCAUUUUUACUAUUUGUGUUGAAGUUUAUCAUAGACAUCUUUCAUAGGGCUGACUUCAUGUGAUAGAUUCUGAUGGGCAUUUAAAGCUUAGUGCCAUGCCUAGCUUCUGAGGAACUGUAUUAAUGUAUUGCGUAAUGGGAAAUGCUGCCUCUCUUCUGAAACAUAUUGUUUAUUGCUCUCCUCCUGAGGCUUUUAUUUUUAGCAUUUUUUCUGCUAACAAUCCAUAGAAUUUUUUAAAAAAUCAUUUAUGUUCCGUUCCGUUCAUAUAUGUUGAUUUCUCCCCCACAGCUUGUAUGCUGUGAGUUUCUCAGGGUAUCAUUUUUGUGUCUUGCUUAUCACUUUUUUGAGGAGGGGAAUUAUCUCCAUUUUUACCAUUGUAAUGUUUUUCUUUCAUUUUCCCUCAGAUAACUCUUGACUCUUGUAACAUGAGAGCAUGUAAUAUGAACAUAUUGUGUGACAAAUAUUGUUGGGUGAAACUGUAGGCAAAUACAACAUUAGUAUCAAGCGCUUAUUUAAAUGUAUUAGUUUGCACUUACAAAGCACCUUCUGUCCAGAAACUCUUUGAUGGGAGCAGAAAGAGGAGCAUGUGAGGGUUUGAGCACUUAGCAAAAUGGGAUGGUCUUGAUGAGGCAAAGUUACAGCGGAGAAGCACUUGUCAGUAACUUAAUAGAUGAAAUGUGGCAAGUAAUAGGUGAAUGGCUCAUUUCCUGUUGUAAUUGUUACAAUUGCUUCUUUUUUGCACCCUUUUGGAUUGUUCAGAACAUACAGCAAUAUUGUUUCAAAGAGUCUUCCUCAGCUGAUGGUAGCCAGGCUAUGCCCUGGCAAUAAAAAAAUUGGCCUGGGCUACUUCCUUGGUGAUUGCUAACUUCUUUGUGGGACUUAAGAAGAAGAAAAACGUAGGCAAUUAGAUAGCCAGAAGAACCUUAGAGGUAGCAUAUAAAGGGAUCUUAGAAUGGGUAUAGUAUAUAGUCAUUGCUUAGUAAAUGUGCUGAAGUUACAGCAUGGGUCUGUCUUGGAAUAGCGAUUCAACAAUGUCCUCAGCAGCACCAGUUGUUUUUAGGGCCUCCUGUCUCAGAACAGGGAUUUGUAAUCUCCAGUGGGAAAUCUGAAGUCAGAAUCAGAACUGUAGGAAUAUCCACAAACUCAGCUUUCUAAUGAGUACCCCAGAAGGUUCAGUUGGCCAUACUGGAAGUUAGCUUUCUAGUAUUGCAGUGGCUGAUUCACAAAGGGAAGUAAGGUAGGACAGAGUGGAACAGCUUCCAUGGACCUGCAUGACACAUGCCUGAAAACAGAGGGAAUUUGAAUCUUGGACUCUGACUUUCUGUGUAUAUCUAAAAGAAGGGUGUGCAUAUUAUAAUAGCAUAUUUCUGUUUUGAAGGAUGUGCCUUCAGUUUGCCCUGGAGUUCAAGUGUCCUUAUGUGCUUCAAAAUGCUAUCCUCUUGCUCACCUUUUCAGGGUAGGACCCAUGGCUUGUUGCUUUCUUCUAACUCCAGCUAUAGUAGCUGCCACAUAACACACAUUUUUGUCAAUCAGCAAUGGCAAAACAAGCCAUUUCCUCUUAGAAUCCAGUAUGUGAAGGUAAACUUAGAACCCCGGGGCAUCCAGAUUACUUUUAAAACAACGAACAGCUCUCUUGGCCAUAGUUUGUGCAUAGCAUGUUGGGAAGCAUCUAGCUUCGUGGUGAUUUCAGUUCAUUGGCUUGGCAGGGUCAUUCAGCCUGGAUAUCUGGGUCUCCAAGUGCUUGGGGAAUUCAUCACUGUGAAAGAAUGUAUGCUACCAUAGUUGUAAUCAAGAGCUUGAUUCCAUAUAUAUUGUCUCAAGAAAAGGGUGGAUACAGUAAUUCUUUUCAAAGGGCAUACUAGCAUGAUAAGACAUGUGUGUGUGUGUAUGUGCAGACAUCAGAAACACAUGGAUUCCUAGCAUAAUUUUUUCAAAAGCAAUUGUCAAGUAACCAGUUAUUUGGAUUCUUCAUUUCAUGUCAUUCCAGCUACUUGGUUCAGUUUGGAGACUUCUCUGUGUUGUACAAUUUAACUACUUAAGAGAUGUAAUAGAAUUCUCUCUGAGUUUCUGAUAAUAUCACUUGGAUAAUGUCUGAAAUGAACAUCUGACUCUUUCUUCGAAGGCUUUAUCUCUUGCUGCAUGAAAGUGUUGUCAUUUGCCAUGAUGAAUAAGGUAUAUUUGACAUGCCUUACUCCACUUAACCAAUUUUCUAAGGAUGUGGAGCUGUUCCUUAGUGUUAUGCUCCCCUGAAAAAGCUGCAGGACCCCUUAAAAACCCUUAACUAUUCAGUCUGUUUAAGUUUGUUAGACAUGCACUAAUUGUGUUUGAGGGGUUUUUUGUAGUUCAGAAAUCAGAAGGACUAUCUUGAUUGUCGAUAGAAAAGUUAAAAAUUCAAAUCAAUUAUUAUUUGCUAAAUUUAUAACACACUCUCCUGAAGGAGCCUAGGACAGCAUUCACAUCAAAUUCCUGAAAUUUCUACAAGUAAUUUAAUUCUGUAAUGAAAGAGGACAUAGCAGGUUAACUCUUUUUCUGUCGUGGACCCCAUGCUAGGGUGUGGAAGGGGCACUUUGCUGUGCUACUUCUUGUAUACACAUGCCAAGUUUCUGUUGAGUUGUCCCUGUGAAAAUGGAGAGCUCUGUGUUGCAUUUGUUAGUCAAGUAUUUUUAAAAGCACUUGAAAAGGUCUGCAGUGUCUGGACUAAAAUGUAUGGAACUAUGAACAUUUUAUUUUUAAAAAUUAUUCAUAAUUAGUACUCACUGGUUUUUUUAAAAAAUUAAUAACUCACAUUUGGAUUCUUUUUUGCUUCCUUAUUCUGGUCUUAAAAAUGGAAGGGAAAGAAAACUGCUACUUUAUAGAAAUUAUGAUGUUGUGCCUUGACACUGCGUUGGUAUUGCCUCACUGUUCUAUAACUUACAUUGUUUAACCACCUUCCAUCCCCCGUUUUUAGUUGGUUGUGCUUUACAGUUAGUGGUACCACUAGUAUUGAGAAUAAUCAGUUUUCUUGUCAUUUUGCAUCAGAGGAAUUCAGUUUAAAUACUCAAAUAAUGAAGAACUAAGGAAACUUAAAGAGAGACUUUCCAAGACAACAUGGCAAGUCAGAGACAUAUUAGAAUCCUAGUUUUCCUGGGAUGCCUUUAUACUAUUUUAUAUUUGUCAUAGAAGUUCAUUUCUAUGCAAAAGGUUGUGCUUAGGUUGUGCUUAGGAUUCUGUAAACUGGUUAGAUGUGGUUUAAGUGCAGAUAAUGGGGAAGGGCUGGAAAACAGGCCGUUCAAUAUGAGAAAAGGCUUCUGCAUCUUAUUUUUCUGAGCCAAUAUCUAUUGUGGCCCUCCCCUUCCCCCCGCCUGGUUUUUAUUUUAGUUCUGCCUCCACCGCCAAGUUAGCAAGACAUCUACAGAGCUGGGAGGGUUUAUGUUUUAAAUUCUGUAAAUUGGUGUCUAUUUCCCACUUUCUGACGAAGGAAAAAAUUAAGACUGCUAAAACGUUCAGUGUGUUCUGUGGUAUAAGAUAAUAGAUAAACCACUUCUGUGGGUUUUAUCUAUAUUGAAACUUCUUACAAGGACUUUCUGGCAGACACAACUGUGGUAGAUAGCUGCUAAUGUGAACCUUAGUGCUGUUAAGACAUUUUUUAAAUGUCUGUCUUGACAUUGUCUGCGGUGGCAGUUUUGCUGUCACACAUGCUAGAGGAGCUUGAGUGACUGUGGGGAGUUCUGUUUAGCCAAAAAUGGUCAUGUCUCAGUAGAAUCCUUGGAGUACAAACUGAUACAAAGUCCAUAAAUUCGAUCACAUCUUAUCUUCUCCUUUCAGGCGGUUGUGUUCUUCACUAAAGAGCCAACAUGCAGAGAUCUUCUCUCUCUUCUUUGCAGAAUGUGCUGAACAAAUUGGUCUGUUAUGUACUAGCAAGCCAUUUGACUCAUCAUCUCUUAGCUUUAUUUUCUUAAUACCGCUGUGCAGUUUAGUAACAUCGCUGUCCAAUUUUGUAAUCUUAUCAAGAUCUUUUGCAUUAUGCGUGACCUUCUAACACUUUCUCCUUACCAGCACUGCUUAAGGGAGUUAAAACAACAACACUGGGGACUUGGCAGUUUAUAGGUCCUAUGGGAUGCCAAACUGGAGACAUGAACCAUUGUGCUGUUCUCACUAUCACAUGCAGAUGAGUUGCAUGUAAAUAUAGAAGCUUUAACAAAGUGUGCAUAUCACAUCUUGUAUUGUUUCUGCUGGGUGCAAGCAGACAGCCCCUUUUAAUGGGAGCAAUUAUGGAAAACUGGAUACUAUACAGAUUAUAGGUUGUAUAUCAUCCAGCUUUGGCAGAUUGCUUCAUCUCCAAGCCAGAAGCAGACAUCCCGAUACCCUUAUGAUUCCCUUAAACAACUCAUAGUGAGCAACGCUUCCUUCUCUUGAAAGUAACAAAUGUAUUCCCUUGAUUUGCACCAGUUUUUCUGCAGUGCAUCCCCUAAAAUUCCACAUAUAGCCCCUAGAUUCUUUCAAGCCCUAGUACAGAAAUGUGUGGUGAUGUUGAUCAGGCACACGAAUUAUUGUAAAUAAGAUUUUGUUCCAUUUAUUUUGACAUCUUUUUACAAAUUCAUUGCAUUCAGAUGUAAAUAUUUACAACAGUGGUAUUGAUGAAAGGUCUCAGAUUUUUAUUAAAUGUAACAAUUUAUUGAUUGUAUAAAUUGUAUAGAUAUGAACAAAAUGGUAUUUUAUUUUAAAAAUGUACAGUUUGUGUACUUUAAUUUUUGCGUACUCUAUAUACUUUCUAGUUCCACUUCCUGUCCCCCUUCCAGGAAAAAAAACCCAAUGCCUGUGAUCCUGUGCUUAAAUCCUGGCUGAAGGUUGCAGCCAAAGUUUAUAAACUGUAAUUUUUUAAAGAAAAAUGUAAAGAAUUUAAAGUCAAGAAAUUCUUUUUGUGGUUUUUAACUUCUUUGAUCUGCCUACUUCAUUGUGGAUAUAUUUAUCAUUUUUAACAUCAGCUAGCAAUGUAUAAUACAGUACAUAUGAAGUAACAACAGUGCUUCACUUACAUCCUAUCAAAAGUUCUUAGCUGAAGGGCAGGCUAAUAUUUUACCCAUUGACAAUGGAAAGUGUCCUGAGUCUCAGAGACAGAAUUGUGCCCAUAGCUACCAAGUUUAUGUUGGAGGUGGAAUUUGAAACAGCCUUUCCACCUCACACUGUCCAUUGCUGGCCGCAAGUUUUAUGAAAUACAAAGGUUGAUAAACAAGUAUUUGAAAAGGGGUUCAUGAAUACAGUCUCUUUAGACCAGGGGUGUCAAACUCAAAUUCAUCGAGGGGCGCAUCAGCAGUUUGGUCACCCUCAAAGGGCCGGUUGUAUCUGUAGGACUAUGUGUCCACUCUUUAUUAUCAUAAAUUAUUGUCACUGCAUUCAAUUAUUACUGUUUUUUGUAAUAAUGUAAGUAAUAACUAACAUAGUCAGAAUAAUGGCAAGUAGAUAUUCAAAUGUACAAUUCUUGUACAAUUUAUUGAAAAAUGAUUUUUGGUAACUGCACUGGGUGGUGGAGGCUCACUAGGGUUUCAUGCAGGAGCUUUGCAGAGCUACUGGUACCUGGAGAUGCUGGGGUCCUUCUGCAUGCAGGACAGAUGUUCUGCCAGUGAGCCACCACCCUUCACCAAAGGGACUGGCUGAGGUUGACUCACUGGAGCUGUUCUCCUGGUUCCAGGGUUUAAGGGCCAGAAGUAUAAAGCAGCAUCCUAUGUUUCUGAGGAGAGGGAGAGGGAGGGAGGG